GAUUUGUUCCUCUCCCUUUCAAUGGAGAGUGACAGUAUAGAUCAAUAAUGAGGACCAGCCCUCGCAGGCCCUUAAUUCUCAAAAGACGGAAACUGACCCUCCCACAGAAGGAUGAAUCCAGCACUUCAGCGAGAGAUGAGAGCAGAGGUCAGGAUGAAAAGACUCCCAAGCAGGAGCACAGCCAGGAGGACCAACACAACAGACAACCCAGAGACAAAAGGGACUGUGGCCUGCAGAAAUUCCCAGCGGGAAUAAAGAUAAUUGACCAUCCUACAAUGCCCAACACACAAGUGGUGGCCAUCCCUACAAAUGCUGAUAUCCAGAGCAUCAUAGAGGCACUGACGGCAAAAGGAAAAGAAUGUGGCAACAAUGGACCCAACAAGUUCAUCCUCAUUAGCAGUGGGGGCACGUCCCGUUCAGCAGGUCCAGCACCAUCACAGCAUCUCCCACCAGAGAAGAAAGCCAGUGCAGCAGUCAAGGCUGCAGAUGGUCAAGAAAGAGAGAAGGAUGUUACACAGACGCCUGGUCUUGCAGGCAGGGCAGUGCUCUGGCAUUCAGGAGUUGGUUCUGCAGCUGGACAGGAACAGGAGAGCAACAGCAGUGGUGAGACAAUGAGCUCUGUGUUGGACAAUAGUCUCACUAACAUCCAGUGGCUGGGAAAGAUGAGAUCUGAUGGGCUAAAUCCCUCUUCCGUGAAGCAAGACACAGAGAAAGAGAACCAGGUGCCUCUGCAGGAAAGAAUCAAGACUGAAGAAGAAACUGCUGCUGCUGCUAUUCCUACUGCUGCUGCCUCCUCGUCAUGGCAGGAUUCAGUGUCAGAACGACCUCCUUACUCCUACAUGGCCAUGAUCCAGUUUGCCAUCAACAGCACUGAGAAGAAGCGUAUGACUCUGAAGGACAUCUAUACUUGGAUUGAGGAUCAUUUUCCUUACUUUAAACAUGUAGCUAAGCCAGGUUGGAAGAACUCCAUUCGGCACAACCUGUCCCUUCAUGAUAUGUUUGUCCGUGAGACAUCUGCUAAUGGUAAAAUCUCGUUCUGGACUAUUCACCCUGAUGCAAACCGUUGCCUAACAUUGGACCAGGUAUUUAAGCCGCUGGACUUGGGGUCACCAACAUCGCCUGAAUGCUCUGAAUCACAGCAAAAGAGUCGUCUUCCAGAUACCCUGAAGAAUGUGGGAAGCAAAACUGAACCCCAGAAUUCACGCCGAAAGAUGAAGCCUUUACUUCCCCGUGUCAACUCCUACCUGGUUCCAAUCCAGUUUCCUUUGAGUCAGCCUCUUGUCUUGCAGCCUUCUAUGAAAGUUCCUCUAUCCAUGGCACAGGGAGCGUCCCUUAACAGCUCGGAGACUUUGCAGAGCAAUAAGCGCGUGCGCAUUGCUCCAAAGAUGUCACUGUCUACAGAAGAGUCACCCUCUUUGCCCACGGCUGCUGUCAAGGAAGAGGGUCAAUGCGAUCAAGAUUUGUUCUCCCCAGCCCAUUCCCUAAAGGAGAACAGCUCCCAGCCUGGUGACGAAUUGCCUUCUUUCCCUGAAGGUGUCUGUAUAAAGGAGGAAGAAGGCUCUCAACUGGAUGACUGGCUGUCCCCAUUUGCCUCAACCAUAACAGUAAAGGAAGAGCCAGGCUUAUUCUUCCCAGACUCAUCCACAAAGGAGAAAAAACAAUUCACCACACUGAAGUCCCCACCUAAGGCUGUUUCUGACUCUUUAGUUAUAAAGAGGCGGGAAAGGCGGGAAAUGGGCAGAUCCAGAAGGAAACAACACCUAGCACUGCCUUGCUCAGAAGAGCCUGUCCUUGUUUUGCCAGAAAGCAACAGCUUUGACUCUUUCCGGUUAGGGGCAGACCGUUCUUUCCCGCUGGAGAGCCAGCCUCUUGAAAAUGUAUCACAGCUCAGCUGCUCACAGGGAGAAGAGGCAGCCUUUAAAACACCAGUCAAGGAGAUGUUCAGCAAAUUGCCCGUUUCUUCCACUCCCAGCAAAGUCUCAGCCACUACUACCCCCUCACUAGAGGGCCUUGACCUCUGGAAGUCUGCUUCCUUAGCCAGGGGAAGUCACGAGCUGGACUUCAGUCCAGUGAAAACCCUUCAGUUGCCAUUCACACCCCUCCAGGACAACCAGGACUUACUGGGUUUUAACAGCACACCCCUUAAAAACCCGCUCUUUGAUUCUCCUCGGGAACUGCUCAAUACAGAAUCCAGUGACAUGGCUCCUGCCCACUUCACGAGCUCUCCAGCGUUUGUUCGUGAGUCUGCUAAGCAAUCAUCUGUUGAACUGACAACCUCUGGCUUUACUGAAAACCGGUCACUCAUGGAGGGCCUUAUCCUGGACACCAUGAAUGACAGUCUGAGCAAAAUCCUUCUGGAUAUCAGCUUUCCUGGUCUUGAGGAUGAAAAUAUAGGAACAGACAUUAGUUGGUCUCAGCUGAUACCUGAACUGAGGUAAACUGGCCUGAGGACUGAAUUUGGCUUGUUCUGAUGUUACAGAAAGCACUCCACAUGAAUAGAUCUCAGAUGAGUAGUCUAAGACAACUCCUUUUGACUAAUUCACACAAUAGGAAUAAUAAGAGGGUGUUACUGACUCCUGCUAAGCUGGGAGACAGGCCCGUCAGCUGCUAUGAGCUUCUUUUAUAAGAUGCUAUAGACUUUGUGUGGAACAAAGUAGAACUGCUCUAGCCUUAUGCUAGAGAUAAGAAUCCCUGGAGAAAGGUUAUCAAGAGAACAUCUAGGUAGGCCCUGAACGGCAUUUGCUUCUCAGGGUAUCAGAGGAAAUGAACACACUCCUCAGUGUGUUCUCAGGAAAGAGCCUGGGAACCUCAUCCUAGCUCUGUCUUAAUUUUCAUUUACUUUGUUCCCCUAUUACUUAGUAUUUUCUGUCUAGAUUUAAUGGCUGUAAAUACUGUAAAUUUCUUAAAUUAGCCCUUAAUUAUAACAAUAAUUUUAUUAUUGUAAGGUUACGGGCAUUUUUGGUAAGCGAUUGACCUAGAGUGUUGUCCGUAUGUUCCACACCUCCUGUAUUCUACCCUAAAUAAGAGCUCAAAAUGAGAGCUGUGAAAUACUUAUGGAGAAGAGCUCAGAACAAGCCAUGUAGCUCUUCUCAUUCCCGAGUCCUGGAGGACUAGGUAGAGACAAUGUUGCAGUAAGAUGGACCUCUAUUGAAUGGUUAAAGCUUCUCUCAUUACAGUCAUCAGUUGAAAAUGUAAAAAAGAACCUAUAAAGUGAAUGCUGAUAUUUCCACUGUUAAGUGACUCCUGGAAAUACAAGGUAUGUAUGUCUUGGUGCAACAGAACAGCUAUUCCCAGCUCUCUAGAACUUAGGUCAAAGUAGGAAAUUGCCAUGGAA